CCCAGCCCUCACUAAACAAAAACGCUCUCUCUCUCUCUCUUCUGCUACUGUUGGUGUUUUUACUGUGCUACUGAUCAUCAGUCAUCACCAGUUUUCUGGUGGUGUCAGGCGUAGUCAACUUGAAAUAAAUACUGUUUCAAUCACAACCCAAUUCAAAUUUCAGUUUCAGUUCUAGCCUCCCCUCUAUCAUCAUCCCAAAUUUGAGAAUUAGGGUUUGUGUAUUGUGUUCCAAGAAUGAAUAGUUCGGGUUUGGGUGGUGGUUUUUUGUCUGGUCCUGGUGGGGGGAUUUUGGACCUGGAAUCUCCGUUUCAUAGGCACCAACAGACCCAAUUAGGUCAUCCAUCAGUACCUAGUCAACAGCAUAUGAAUAUUAUGAGUGGUCUGGAAAAUGAUCACCCAAUUGACCUGAUUGAAGUGAAUGCUGCGAUGAAUUUGAAUAAAGGAAAGGGGAUUGUUACUUCUAAUCCUGCCAAUAGUAAUGAUUUGAGCGAAGAAGAUGAGCCAUGCUAUGCAGAAGAUGGGAAUUGCGAGAACUUAGAUGGCAGGAAGAGCAAGAAAGGGUCUCCAUGGCAGCGAAUGAAGUGGACGGACGAAGUGGUUAGGCUUCUUAUUGCAGUGGUGAGUUGUGUGGGCGAGGAUGGCACAAUUGGUGGCAUGGAUGGUCAUAAAAGGAAAUACGGGGCUUUACAAAAGAAGGGCAAGUGGAAAACCGUCUCCAAGAUAAUGAUAAGCAAGGGUUGUCAUGUCUCGCCACAGCAGUGUGAGGACAAGUUCAAUGACUUGAAUAAGAGGUACAAGAGGUUGAAUGAUAUACUUGGAAGGGGAACUUGUUGCCAAGUGGUUGAGAAUCCUGCACUGAUGGAUUCCAUGCAUAACCUGACAGCUAAGGCUAAGGAUGAUGUUAGAAAGAUAUUGAGCUCAAAACACUUGUUUUAUAAGGAGAUGUGUGCCUACCAUAAUGGGCAAAGGAUGUCAAAUUGCCAUGACCUUGACUUACAGGGUUAUGCUCUGGAACUUGGGAGGGACUCAAGAGAUAAUGAUGGCUCUGAGGAUGAAGCUGAGGAUAACAAUGAAAGUGGGGAUGAUGAGUUGGAUAAUGAAAUUAAUAUUAAUGCACAUGGGGAUGGAGGGAGGAUGCGGGAGCUCCGUGAUGGGAAUAAAUCAAAUGAGGAGGAUGGCCAAUUUUGGCGACAAUCUGUUGGGAUGGAUAACUUUGAGGUUGAAAUGGCAAGGGUUUUUCAAGACCCCACGAAGUCAUCGUUGGAACGAAGAGAGUGGCUUAAGAUACAGAUGUUGCAGCUUCAAGAGCAACAUGUCAGCUACCAAGCUGAAGCUCUUGAACUUGAGAAACAAUGGUUUAAGUGGUUAAGAUACCGCAGCAAGAAGGACAGGGAGUUGGAGAGGCUGAGGUUGGAGAUUAAGAGAAUGAAAUUAGAAAAUGAGUGCAGAGUUUUGAAACUGAAGCAGAAAGAGCACGAGAUAGAUUUCAGUAUGGCUGAGAUGUCCUUAGACCCUGCAUCUCUUGGAAUCAACAGGCCGCAAGGAAGGGACCACAUCAACUUGGGCGGACAGCAGUAGCUCCUUCUCUGGAGGGAUUCGGUCAUCAAUGCUUAAAUAAUGUAUGAAAUGAAACCCUAUUGUUUAAUAUGUUUCAUAAUUGGUUAAAAUAGUUGAACUAACAUGGUAGGUUAUAUAUUUAGAAUUACAUUGAUUUGAAAAUGAAUGAUAUACUUAUUUGA